AGUGUCUCUGUGUGUGCGUGCGUGUCAAUUUUACAGUUAAAAUUAAAGUAGACGCAUAUUUGGGAACAGCAAAGCACAAAGGAAACUCAUUACGUCUAUUUUGAUUGCACUGCGCUUAUUGUCCAGCUAGUCCAAGCAAUUUAUUGUAUGAGUCAAAAAACUGAAAGACCAGUGCUAUCGGGUCAACGCAUCAAGACCAGAAAAAGAGAUGAAAGAGAAAAAUAUGACCCAACGGGAUUCCGUGAUGCGGUCAUUGCUGGUCUCGAAAAAACUGAAGGCGACCUGGAUCAAAUCUCUAAGUUUCUAGACAGCGCGGGCAACAAGCUCGAUUAUCGUCGUUACGGUGAAGUGCUGUUUGAUAUAUUGAUUGCGGGUGGUCUAUUAGUGCCUGGCGGUUCUAUAUCUCAGGAUGGCGAAAAGCCACGCACAAGUUACUGCAUAUUCGAUGCACCCGAGGAUAUGGAGUCAAUGCGCAACCAUGAGCAGGUGUUUGUUAAACUCAUUAGACGGUACAAGUACCUUGAGAAAAUGUUCGAAGAGGAGAUGGGUAAAGUUUUGUUAUUCGUAAAGGGCUUUACGCCAAGUGAACGUAUUAAGCUUGCGCGCAUGACUGCGCUCUGGUUAGUUAAUGGCUCUGUACCGCCAAAUGUAUUGCUGGUACUAAACAAUGAGCAUCUGAUUAAGGAUGGCAUUGCACUCGAGUUUUUAUUGGAGCUGUUUUUGACGUUCAAGCAAGAGAAGGGCAUUGCAUAUCUUAUUCAGGCGCUUAAAAAGGGUGGACUGGAAAGCAAACUUAUGGACUUUUUCCCACUAAACAAACGUACUGAGGAAUAUUUUAAACAAGUUUUUCUUGACAAAGAACUCAAUGAGAUCAUAAAAUUGCAUAAGGCUCAGGCCAGCCAAGAGGCCAAACGUGAACUGCAGCAGACCCUCAUCGAUGAUAUUAACGAUGAGAAGGCACAUAAUGAAAUAACUGCAGACAUCAAAGAGUUUGCACUACGUACCAACAUUCCUGAUCAUGAAAUAAUUGUUAUUAUUUGGUCCACAAUCAUGUCGUUGGGAGAAUGGAACAAAAAGGAGGAGCUUGUCACCGAUCAAGCGGUGCGUCAUCUAAAGACAUAUUGCACCUUGUUGCAGGCGUUUGCCUCAACAGAUCGUUCAGAAUUGGCAUUGAUAUUAAAAGUGCAGGAGUUCUGCUACGAAAAUAUGAAUUUCAUGAAAGCGUUCCAAAAGAUCAUCUUGUUGUUUUACAAGACCGAGGUAUUGUCCGAGGAGAUCAUCUUGCGCUGGUACAAGGACGGACACUCUAACAAGGGCAAGAUGCAUUUCCUCGAACAAAUGCGCAAAUUCGCCGAAUGGCUCCAAUCUGCCGAGGAAGAAUCUGAAUCGGAGGAUGAGCAAAAGUUAGGCGACUAACAAAUAUAUUAGGCGCAGUUCAUUAUCUCGGCAUUAAACCAACUGCAACUAUACGGAGUCGCCAUCAUCAUCAAUAUAUAUGCAUAUGUGUGUGUAUAUAUAUAUACAUAUAUUUCGCAUUACCAACAGCCAACCGAACUACACUCCCCUUUGGAAAUUUCCUAGAUGUUAACAAGACCCAUGGACUUUGCAACGUAAAGAGAGAGGAGAGAGCCAAGCCGCAAAAUUCGAAAUUUACUGUACACAAUUUAAUAGUUUUUCAAAACCACUUUCUACAUUACAAAAUGUGCACUUAAAA